GUUUUUGUGAAAAAAAGUGCUAAAGGUUGAACGAGUUUAUGUGCAUACCUACCCCCAACUUACAAUAAUAAACUCCAGUCGAUAACUUCGUACUUUAUCAAUGCAUAGCGAAUAAUUCGUAUGCCUUUCGCACACUUGCGCAUUAAAGCUUUUGGUGGUUUUGUACUAAAUGCGCUAAAUCGUAAUGAAUUAUCAGACUGUGUGUCUAUAGACGCUAGACGAAAGAUUGACUGGCGAUUUUUGACACUCAUAAAAGAGGUUGUUGGUGACAAUACAUUUCUAUGUUCAGCUGAAGGAGCGUACUUACGAUGGAUCUAAAUUGAAAUUCAACAAAUAUUUAUCUCCUCUUUCUUCGAUCUAAAUUCUAAACGCUCAUUAAUGCAUAUUUUAGUACCAAAUGUUAGUCGCGUAGUGUGGAAUUACAAUUAUAUCCUGCUACUUAUAUAUGAUUUAGAGAUCUGUUCAAGGAACAUUAACAGAACUGACUGAGAGAGCUAGACCUCUCUCCGGUUAGAACCGUUUAUGUCGAUCUAAUUCUCUUAGUUCAAUGCCAAUGCCCAGACGCAAUAAUUUUAACGUAUUUACAGUCUGAACCAAAUCUAAUCUAUUAGGUUUUAUUAAAUAAAGAAAAAGUCUUUAGCCAUGUCUAAACUUGUUCUAGCGUAUUCCGAUUUAUAUUCAAAUGGCGGCAUUUUGUUAAUGAGCUCGUGACCUUUAGUCUCAAUAUUAUUAAAACCCAUUUCACGUCGAUGGAAUUUUAAAACGAAAUGAAGUUUGACAUUUCAAUUUAAGCGCCAUUUCUCAUAGUUUAUUCCAGAAAUCUCUACUGAUAUAUGAAUGAAUAACCGGUGAGGAUAUAUCAAUGAGAAUUUCUUUAAUAAAUGGUCCUUUUCAUUAUGUUUUAUUGCAGUGAUCACUUUAGAAGGUUUUUUAUUUCGUUCAAAUUGUUCAACGUUUACUUACGCGAGUUCCUUAAUAGUUUGUAAAGUCUCGGGAUGUAAAGAUUUAAGCUAUUGCUGCAAUUAAAAAAACACGGAAAACGUUAUAUUUAUGGCAGAGGCAGGAGAUUUGCUUCGGGUUUUAAUUUGCUUUUUGCGAUUGAGGUACUGGUUGAUCGCGAUCAUCGUUUCUGACGAGGACAGCAAAGGAAACGGCGGCUAGGGGAAAGGGUUAUAUUAUUAAAUACUAUGUUUACAGAAAUAUAAGGAAAAGACAGUAAGUAUAGGUUAUAGAAGAAGCAGACAAGAGUUUUGACAAGAAUAGAGUUAGGACGGCGUGGCAUAGAUAAUCGUUCAUAUAAAUAUUUUCAAUCAAAGAGUCUGUCUUCGACAGUUUCUAAUUAUAAAAUACGCGAUUCGUCAUCAUAUUUUCAAGUCAUUAAGUCACCAGUAAUAAAUCUCAGCAUUGUGGUGCAAUUUUAUAUUCACCAGCAACCUCCCAAGGGGUGAGUAGCGUAAAUCUAUUUUCCUGACAGUAUUCUAAUGUUGUUGUACACAGAUUGCGUCCACCUGCAGUUGUACCGCGACUCGCGCGCGCGGUUCGGCGGCGCCGCGAGCAAGGCGUCCCUCUCUCUGCAGCAGUACCUCGGCUGCGAGUCCGGCUUCACGCUGGACAAGCACUCCAACACGCUGGCGCUCGUAUGCCGCGACCUGGUGGCCAUUCUGGCAUUUGAGACGCGCGAGAGACUCAUACAAUGGCAGGUGAAGGUGUCAGCGCAGUUGGGCGAGCCGCGGCACUACCUGGUGCUGGUGGGCGCGGGCGGCGCGCGGCGCGUGGCGGCCGGGCCCGCGCGGCUACACCUGCACCAGGAGCGCUGCGCCCUCACCGCCGGCGUGCCGCCCCGCCUGCUGGGCGUCUGGGAGCUGCGGCAUCUCAGGCGCUACGGCGUAGUCGAAGGUCGUUUCUGCUUCGAGGGAGGUUCACAUUGUGGAAAGGGUGAAGGUCUCCACGUGUUGAUCACCGACCAGGCGCAGCAACUGGCUCGAGACUUCGAUCUCGCCUCCCAGGGCCGCUUGUCACCCAAGAGAAGACCUAUGAACUCCAAGAAGAAUGAAAGCUCUGAAAGCCCGAAAUCUCAUAAAGCUUAUCGACCAGACACACGGUUAUCUGAAUUGAAUACUGUCGAUCGCUCCCUUCCUCCGAUGGAUUUAAGGCUUUACGAAGAUCCAUGUAUCGGGGAAGAGGCUGGGGCUAUAUCUCCUUACUGGCCGUCAGCGGAAAGAACUAAUUUCCAAGACUUAGGCUUAGCAGACACGGCUUCGGUGAACGAAACUAUAGAUGGAACGGACACGACUCCAUGGAAUGGCACAGGCAACGUUUCGCUUGAAAGGUGCAUGAGUUGUAUAUCGAAACUCGGCGCUCUCUCGAGAUCGUCCACGGCAGCGUUGACGCCUGGAGCCAAACACUUCAACCCCGCGUGGACGAUGGAAGCCGUACCUGAAACUCCACGUAAAGAAUCUCUUCCAAAAGAAAAUACUCAUAGUUGUGACAUUAAUUUUAAGAAAUCCAAUAAGACUGAAGAAUUGUGCUGUUGCUCGGAUCGGCCACCUGAUAGACCCCCCAAACCUACUAGACUAGAAUUAAACCUCGUAAAUAAGCCACCGAUGCCCCUACCCUCUCAAACUUGUACGUGUGGACAUGUUGAAGCAGCAGAUGAAACCAAAAAUUCAAGAGUAGGUCCCUAUGAAAAUUAUGAUGUUCCAAGGCUACCUUCAGCAGAGAUUGAGGGAGAGUAUUAUGAUACGCCGAAAAGGUUAAAAGAAUGUCUAAAUAAUGAGUUAUUCAGAAUAACAAAAAGUUCUACUUCUAAUGCAGUAAUAUUAAAAAAGCCAUGUGGAUGUUUACUCAAGUUUGGAAAAAGGCCAAAAGAGCCGACCAUUGUAGAUACAGAUGAAAACUUUCAACCUGCAAAUUGUCCGUGUCAGAGGGUCACUGACUGGGCAAAUAACUGGAUAAAAUUGCCAUAUUGUAAGAAGAGUACAGUAUCCAGUGAUAAUUUGGUACCCAAUAAAGAAAAUGUCAAGCCAAAUUUUUGUGACCGUAGUGCUCUUUACGCGACCAUUGACUUAACGAGGAAGACUAGAAGAAAACAAAACUCUAAUGAGUAUCAAAAUGAAAAUACAUCUGAAUGCCCAGUUGAAGACCAACCAACGGCUGUCGAGGUAGACAACGGACCCUUAGCUAAUUAUGAAAAUCUCAAUUUUGCCCUAUCUCUAGAACAUUAUGAGAACGCCAAAGAUUUGUUAAAGAAAGCAGGCGUAACGCAGUCUGAAUUAGACGCCAUUACCGCAAACCUUAAACCCUCUUCUUUUACAAGCGUACAUGGGAAAAAUGUUUGUACUAAAUGUGGUCAUUUACAAGUCUCUGCCGGAAUGUCAAAAACACUAAAAGACGUAACUACUCACGAAGAUUAUUUGAUGAUGGUGCCAAGUAACACCAUUGAAAGUAAUAAAUUGGAUCAAUCUAAAAUGUUACCACCUGGUUACACGCCAAUGUCACCGAUAGGCGGUUUUGCGUUCCAUACUCUUAAACAUCCAUCUAAAAGUCCUAUAAACAGGUUGUUGGAGGAAAAAUCUGCGAGUAAUCCUACUUUAUGUGGGCCAGACGAAACGCGACAAUCUAAUGGAGAUGGUCAAAGUUCAAAAGACGCGCGUACAUCUAGCGAACGAGUAGAAAGAAUAGAAUACCGAAAACGGUCAUGCUCAGCAGAUUCGUCAAGAUUUUUAGAAGAUGUAAAGGAGUUCGAAGGUAGCGUGGGAAGUAGAGGGUCUACGUCUUCUAUCGAAACGCUCCGCAAUAUUGCUCUGGAAGGUGACAGAACAUCGACCCCGUGCGAUUGCGCUACCGAUAACAAACACUCAGAUGCAGAUAGUUCCGAAGCAUCUAAAGGGCGCGGGCGAGGUCUGCCGCCUGCAAAGCGAUCGUCUUCAGUCCCUGGAAAGACUGGUGGGAACAGAGAUUCAUCGAGUUCCAAUGACUCUGGUGUGUCAAGUUGUUCGUUACGACCAGGAGCUGAGUUAGUGGAAUUCGAGUUGCCACUGACGACUGCGGCUACGCGCCGCCAUUACCGAAGUGCACGCCGGGCUACCGCUUCCUACCACACAUCUCUGCCGCGUCGAUCUAAAUCAACAGAUCCCUUACGUGAAUUUGCCUCCAUUCAGAGGGUGCGAAUGCCGGCUAAAUCCUCUUCAGCUGAAGCGGAAGUGCCUGUACUUAAUGUCAAGCAGCUUAGAGGAGUAAUCGACACGCACAGCACAUCUAGUGGUACAUCGGAUAUGUCCGAUUACAUCGAGACUCUCUCUAUAUGUUCAUCUCAUUCCUCGUCCGAUACACCUGUAACCAUGAGGGUGGUGCGGCAAACUACAAGCACCCUGCGACCGCGCUCCGGUAAGGAGUACCACAACGUGGACCCGCGCCUCACCUCCGUGUAUCGCGCUCAUCACCCACACCUCUACACCAAUCUGCCCUGAACCUAAUUAUUGUUGUUUGAUCGACGAAUCACCACGGUUAGCGCAGUAAGACACGGCCAAACUCUGUUCAAUAGGACGAUGAACUAUAGUGACUGGCUAUAAUGCUUCUGUCGUGAAAAUAAAUAAUGCCAGUGAUUCAACUCGAACAAAAGUAGCAAUGUAAUUGUACAUUUUCAAAAGUCGAUCGUAAUUUGCAAUUGUGCAUAACUUAUAUUUGAUCUUUGCAAAGAGUUUGAUACUGUUUGUUUAAUAAUAAUGAUGCACUUACAUGUUAUAUGUGAAGCUACAGAUUUCUAGUUAAUUUGUUUAUGUCUUGAAUUGAACCGCGUUGUUGCGGCGCGUUAAGAUAAAUAUAAUUGUGUAAAGUUAAUAGUUUUCAUUGUUUCGUGUGAUCCGUCCAUGAACUGUCUCGAAAGAUUGUCACCUUAUUUGUGUGUAUACUCCGUUUAUUGAAAACGUACUAUUUUUGAACAAAAGUUGUAAAUCAUAAUCUUUCCACAAAUUCUGGCACAUUAAAAUAACUCGAUACAAAAAACUGGAAAUACCGUUAGUAAUAUAAAAUUUUCUAGGUAAACUAAACGAAUUACAUGACAGGUAAAGUAAAUAUUUAACGACAACUAUAUUAUUACAUUUUUGUAAAACACAUACAACAUAGCCUAAGGCUUCUGCCAAAUAUUAACGAUUCGUUUCUAGUCAUUUUGUGAACAUUGAUUGUAAAUAUUUGUAAGUCGAGCGCAUUAUUCGUGCUCGUGAAAUGAAUUUUAGAAAUCAUGAACAGUAGUGCCAAUAUUAUAUUUCGCAUUUUUGUAAAUACUUCUAUUUAGAAUUGUAUAAAUUAUAAAUUAACUAUUAUUAUUGAAAUUAUAUUAAAUUAUUAUAAUAGAUUAUAAAACUCUACAACGAUUCUCUUGUCUGUACUUUGUUAUGACGAUGUAAUUAUUUUGAUAUCGGCGUUUAUAACUGAGCGAUGGACGGACGUUAGUUAAGUCUGAAGUGUCCUACUUCUGUCUCGUGUUAUGUAAAGAUAGGGACGUAGUUGCCAUAACGAAACUCACUAUAGCAAUAAGCAGUGCAACCAAAGGUGAUCCAUUGUGUAUUAUAGAAUUAUUUAUAACUAUAUCUAAUAGUUUAUUAAAAGGCGCGGCGCGUAUAAGUGGCCUCGUAUCCCGCGGUCACUGUAGACUGCAAUGCCACAUAAUAGGGAUGAUGACUAUUUUUUUUUCUUCGUUUAUCAGGUAGAUUAUCACAAAGUAUUGGACAACCCACCACCGACCACUGUGAAAGUUGCUUAACUUCAACCAUCGCAGCCGUACGCGCUAACCACCGGCGCCAUCGAGCUCCUCAGUUUUAAAAUUAAACAAUUACAAUUUUCUCUCAAAAGUGACGUCACGAGCCGCUACUCCCAAACUCUGACGCGCUAUAACUUUGUAAUUUUUUGUUUGAUUGCCCAAAGAAAAAAUACGUGUCCAUUAUUUUUUGAUCAUCUAACUUACGGACUAAAUAGAAUUUCGUUUACUGUAACCCGUCAUCACCCCUAUUGUGGGAACAUAAUGUAAUUAAACAACAUAAAAUAAUGCAAUGUUCAGGUCGCGGCACGUAAUUCUAGCGUUGAACAAAACGCUGGGGGGAUAGCUGCGCUGCGGUACGACUGGAGAGCCAAUCGGCGCGGGGCAUCACCGCCCGCGCACCUCGUUUCCCCCUAACACAUGGAUCCGUUACCGCCAAAUUAUCGUAAGCGACUCUUUUGUCGAAAUGCAUUUUUUGUGGAAACUAAUAUUUUAAACCGUAACGGACCCAUCUCUGUUGAUAUUUCCUUCCAAAAGAACACCGUUAUAUUAUAACGGUAAUAAAGUUAGAGGGAAAUAUCAACAGAGAUGGGUCCGUUACGGUUUAAAAUAUUAGUUUCCACAAAAAACGCAAUUCGACAAAAGAGUCGCUUACGGUAAUUUGGCGGUAACGGCUCGCAUGUUCAUUUUUACGCGCGCGCAAUAACGUCAACGGUAAGCGCUAGAGUUUCGUGUCGCGAUUUAUACCAGCCAAUCACACUACGAGAAAUCGUUACGAUCAGACUGUUCGUACGGAACAGUUUAUCGUACGUGGCGUACGUAUAGGAAACUGUGUAGUUUUAUAACAUACACGCUACGAUUUAUCGGUACCGUUCGGACGGUACAGUCUGAUCGUAACGAUUUCUCGUAGUGUGUAUGGCUACCGUUAUAAUGUGCAGUGUGUGCAGCGACCGCGGGACCGCAGGCGGGCCCCGAUGACCCGAAGACUGGAUUUGUAAGCAGGUUGUUUAGACAGUACGCUAGCGAAUGAAUUUAUAUUAUUAUAAAUUAACUAACUAACGUUAAUAAUAAAACUUGAAGAUUUCUGAAUAAAAAACCUUGA